CGAACCGGCGUUACUAAUACUCUCGUCGUCGGUUAGACGUCUACCUCAUCGAUCCUCUCUCUCUAAAUUCUCUCUCUAAAAACUCUUCAUCCUCUUCCCUAUGCCACCUGGACGUUAGGGUUUCCUCAAACGAAGAUACACACACAGUGUGACAUCACAUCACAUCAUCAUCGCUUUCUAACAACUUCUGUUUCACUCUAGGGUUUAUGUUUACGUUUAAAUUUCCAAAGUUUUCAUGUCGUAUGAAUAUCGUCAAUGGAGAUUUCAUCUACGUUCUCCGGUAACGGCGAUAUCCCCUUCGUUUCCUUCUUCUUAGCCCUAAUUGUUACCGUUUUCUGUUGUUUCUUCUCACUCUUCUUCCGAUUGUUCAAAUUUCAACAAACUGAUAAAAUUAGGUCGUGUAAUUGUGCAUGUGGUUCGAAUUGUGACGGUUCUAUGGCGGUUACGGCGACGGCAAGGGUGAUGAACGGUGGUAGUGGUGGUGCUGGUGGUGGACAGGUGGCGGUGGUGGAGAGGGAGCGGCAGCAAGUGAUUGGUGCGUCGAUGAUGGAGCAGUUGGUGCCGGAGAUUACGACACAUGCGUUGAGUUAUUUGGAUUAUCCGAGUCUGUGUAGGUUGUCGAUGACUAAUAGUUCCAUGAGGAGGGCUGCUAAUGAUGAUAAUGCUUGGAAGGCUCUUUAUCAUAAGGAUUUUACAAUGGAACAAGAUAGUAUAACACCUGCAAAUGGGUGGAAGGCCUACUAUGCAGCUACUAGAGCAAUUGUGAAUAUCAAUCAACAUUUUUUCGAUAUCAUUAGAGACAGAUCUCUUCCAGAAAUGGGUCGGCUUUGGCUUAACGCAGAUUAUGUCAAAUGUAUUCAUGCCUCAGGGGAGUUUUUUACCGGGUAUAGCGGUGUUUUAGGUAGCUGGCAGCUGGCGUUGAACUGGGAGCCAGCGGUUAACUUCCAGGUUCGAGACGUAAGGUCAAGGGUGCUGCCAGGUGUGGCUUGGGUGACGAUGAAAGCCUAUGUUGGGAUGGAGCACAACACACACCCUAUGAGCAUGACUAAUGUGUUUGAGCUCCACAAUGGUCAGUGGUUCAUGGUUCAUCAUCAUAGCUCUGUCAUGCUUGCUGAUGGUGAGGUGGCUGAUCAACCACCUAUGCUUGGGUGAACCAACUUAUUUAGAUGAUGCUUUUCUUUUUUGAAGUAAAGAAAAAAGAAAUUGGUACAGUUAUUUUAACUAGGGAUCUUGAAUAUUACUUUCAUACGUUGGAUAUGAUGAUCGAUGAUCGUAUAUGAAUCUUUGGUUUUUGCCUGUUGACAUCCCUGAGGCUGCUGCAUAUGAUGUUUAUAAAAGCGUAGAUUAUGUUUGGUUUA